AUGACGAGCUUUGCUGGAAACUUCGCAUGUUUGCUCGUGUUUGUUUCGCUCCCAUGCCUCACACUCGCGCUAACUCAGCCGCUAGCGGAAACACAAUUGGGAUAUCGCAUCCAUCCGGCAUGGGAUUUACCACCCAUCCGGCAUAACAGCAGGCAACAGGGAGCAAACAGACUGUGUGUCCGGGGCUAUCGCGCUAGCAAGGGCCGCAAGAAGCGUGGUGCGGAGAUCACCGAUGCAUACUUCGUCCUGUACCACCUCGGCGGCUCUGCCGCCCGGCCCCAGCGCCCCGCUACGACUCGGAUAACCGAGUGGGAUGGGCGACCCGUGGAGCUUCGGAUCCGGAAUAACUUCCGGAGUUCGACUCCUUCAGGUCGCCCGACUCCUUCAGGUCGCCCGCGCCCUGGCGCCCGGCGCCCCGGCGCCCCCGCGGGCAACAUCCCUCCAACUAGAAUGCCGAUCAAGAGAAAGUUCAACGACGACGUUCCUACCGGCGGAAACGAGGCUGGCGACUCUCACCCGAACGACGCCAUGGAUCUCGACUAUGAAGCGGCCAACACCCCGCACAACGCCGCCUACACCGCGUCGGAUCAUUAG